GAUAAGUUGAAGUAUAUGAAGACCAAUUGAAGCGAAAUUUCUUCUCCAGUCUAUAGAGCGGAUAAUCUGACGGAAAAUUGACAAACCCAAACUUUCUUCUAUACGGAUGCCUGCACACAAUGGAUUAUAUCAUAUUAAAUCGGUAACUGUAUCAUGAAGCGAAAUAAACGCAACGCCAUUGUCUCCUCGUGUUUAUAUAAAUCGGAAAAUGAAGAACAACUCACUCAUUUGUCGCCAAGAAUGUGUCUUCAAGUGCUUGUGAAAAUCUGGUAGUUAUGUUCAGUUUUCUCUUUGUGAUCCUGUUGAUCGAUACGACUUUAGGCGAUAUCGCCGAAGAAAUAAACACGACGUUGACGAAUAUCGACGAUAAACUGGGUUUGAACGUGUCUGAAACCCAAACACCUAACAGAAGUACAAUUAUAGCCCAUACGGAGCUGUUCAUCGUAUCCACAACCGAACCACCACCGCAGAAUGUCCAUAUAGUUAAGGCUGAUGUUGAAAUAGAUAAAAAUAACACCCUGUAUAAAAAGGCUAAGGGUAACGACGAAUUUCGACCGAGUCCGGAAGUGAAGGAGGUGGCCUACGAAAGGAAUAUUUUCCCAGUUAAACCAGCUUAUCCCGAAGCUAAACAUUCGAAUUUCAACAACGAAGAUGAGCAGUUCUCAAGACCGCUUUCCCAAUGGGGACGACCAGAUGAGACGCCGUGGAACGUGAACUUCCGGUUUCCAGAGGCUAAAAUACCCACCUCGAAAGACAGACCUUACAAGUUCGAAGAGAACAGAGGGAGAACCUAUGGUUUUUCCGGUAAAAACGACUACGAAACCGCAUCGCAAAAGCCACUCAUCAACUUGGGGGCCAAGAUCCCGAUAUCUUCAAGUGGGAGCGGUACCGGGCUGGGAAGUUCGUGGGAUCUGGGAGCAGGGUAUCCUUAUAAUAUUAACAAGUACCUACCUAAAAAACCAGAGUAUGAUUAUGGAGUAUACAUUGAGAAACCACCAACUGGAGUUGGACAUCACGGAGGUCACGACUAUCCGGCUAAAAAAUAUGAUAGCCCUUGGAAAAAAAUAAUUAAAAUCCUUGCUGCCUUCAUACCGAUAGGCCUGUUAAUCAGUGCUUUAACUCCGACCAUUAUUACCAUCAGUCCCGUGAACAAUACCAUGUUGAGGUCCAGAGAUGAAGAUCCGCACAGUUCCACGAUAAAAAAAUUGAUGUCUACCCUAGGCUACUUCGAUCAACUGAACGAUAAAGAUUGCGAGAAUAGGCUCCUUUGCGAGCUACUUCUUAGCGCUUCUUCAUCUCAAAAUGCAGAACAGCAUAUCGAAAAUUUCUUAAAUAAUUUCUCCGAUAGGAGGAAAUACACUGCUGAAAGGGAAGAAGAACUGAAAACCAUUUUCCAUGCAGUAAAGAGACGUAGAUGUGAUGAUAUAAUAUGCAAAGGUAUAAGAGAAAAUACUUGAUAUUAGGGUGAGAUUGACUGAAUAAAAUAAUUAUAUUUGUAUGGUAAUUAUGUAUUAAGUAAAUAAUAAAUAAUAUUGCAAAAGUCGUUCAAAAAAAGCACCUAAGUGAAUCUUUAUUUGUGCUGUAUAACUAACUACAUUUCUUGAUAUUCUUAUUCCAAUAAUGCCAUUAGAUGGCGCUGUUUUCAUCGAGCUCUUGGACGCUAUUUACAUCGAUGUAAGUACUGUGUAUUUUGCUAUGCUGCAUUCCACAAUAUUUAAAGUAAUACAUAACUCAUAAGAAAGUGAAGGAAGGAAUAUGAUCCUUGACGAAGAAGUUCUCAUUCCCAGAUCUCCGAUGAUCCCAAACAAUAUGCCCUUUGAAUUCAAAUGAAUAUAUUGAAAUUAUUUCUUCAUCUUGUUUUUUUAGUUCAUUCUUAUACUGCUUGAAAAAAAGUUGAUACAAUAUUCCAUAUCUUUGAAGCAGAACGAAGUUCGCUGGAUCAUUAAUUUAUUGAGUAAAAAAUUUGAGAAAGGAAGGAUGAAAAAUCUGGCAUUAUAUAACGGACCAUUUGAUCAUAAUGUAAUCUUCUUUCAUUUAAAAUGGGAUAAUUUUAGUUGUUGAUUGGAUGAAUAAAUUCAAUUUUUGAACUGCUACUUGAGAAGAAAAAUUCAAGUUAACCUUUGAAGAAAUAUUCGAGACAUAAAAUGAAGAAAUUAAUUUAUUGAAAAAACAAUCAACAAUGAUGUACAUCUCUAUUAUGUAUUCGAUGUACAUACACAUAAUAUAAAUAUUUUCACUCAUUCUGGAUGCUCUGUUCCAAUAUACAUUGGGAAAAAACAAUUUUUGACAUACACUCAACAUGGAUACAAAGUGUAUUUUCUACACUAUUGGGGUGAUUAAAUAGUAACAUUGAAAAACAAUUAAAAUAAUAUAUGUACAUCCCCAAAUUCUCCUACUGAACGUGUCUGAGAGACAUCAGAAAAAUUCCAUUGGUGUCAAAAGCUAAUUUUGAAAAAUUCGAAUAAAAUCGUGUAAUUUUUAUAAAAGUAGCGAGUGGUGACUGGAAUAGAAAUAAUCCUAAUGGCAUUUUGUAUAUAUUGAAAGAGUACAUCUCACACUUCCUAGUUCCAUAAAAAAUAAUGUAUUGAAACAUAUUCUUUCAAAAUAUUGGCUAGUUUAUUUCACCAAUUUAGUUAUAUAAUGACUUGAAGAGUUACACCCUUAUUUAUAAUGCUGUAUAUUUUACAAAACCAAUAAUAACAUAAUGAAUAUAA